AAAUUUGUUUAGUUUUUGGUGUAGAAAUGUCGUCGUUGGCGGGGUCAGUGAACAUGUUCUUAUAAUUUUAGAAGAUUUACAAAUGUCUAUGCAUUAAAUGUUAUUGUGGAGCCGCAUAUUUAUUUCGGCCACUUGUUACAACAGCUGUGCAUCUAAAAUUUAUGUAAUAUCACGUGUUCUUUGUAAAUAAUUGACGAUGUGUCUUGUUGUGACUUUGUGCCGGUGGUAAUUUGAUACGGAAAAAUUAUCAGUGAAAUUUAUGUAGUCGCCCUGGUGGGAACGUGUAGUAAUUGAUCGUAAUCUGUGAAAAGUAUUUGCCCGUGAAACAGUGAAAAUGUUGCGAAUAAGGCGAAGAUUCGCUCUGAUUCUGUGUUUGAUUUCAAUUUCUUUCUUUCUGUUCCUGUACCUACUAAUUAACUUUUCGAUUCCGGCUGAUAAACAGAAUUUGAAUAAUAUCGAGAAUAAAUUAAAGCUGCUAGAAAAUGGACUCUACCAACAUGGCAAAGAAGUCCUCGACAUCCGACGUCAAAUUGAUCACCUCAAUGUCAAUGGUGGUCCAAAUGACCAGAAAGAAAGUGAAAGUCAAAUAGCGGAACCGAAGGCCAGCUUGAAUAAAAACGACAUGUUUAAGGAUAUGGUCAUCAAUGCAGAUGAGUAUCAGAAGUGUUCAAUUGGUGCUGAAAUGGUUCCUCCUGACAUUCAGAUGCUGGAUGUCUACAAAGAGUUGAAGUUUGAUAAUAUCGAUGGUGGUGCUUGGAAACAAGGCUGGGAUGUUAAAUAUGACCCUAUGGAGUUCAAUAAACACCAUAAACUAAAAGUAUUCGUUGUUCCUCAUUCACAUAAUGAUCCAGGCUGGAUAAAAACAUUCGAUGAUUACUACGAACACGAUACAAAAAAUAUUCUAUAUAAUAUGUUAAGACAUUUAAACGAAAAUCCAGACAUGAAAUUCAUUUGGGCCGAAAUAUCGUACUUUUCCCGAUGGUAUGAAUCUUUGUCCAAGAAUUCUACAGAAAUAGUGAAAAAGCUAGUCAAAAAUGGCCAACUGGAGUUUGUAACAGGUGGUUGGGUUAUGCCGGACGAAGCGAACUCUCACUGGCUCAGCAUCGCAAUACAAUUAGCCGAAGGUCAAAAUUGGCUGAAGCAAUACUUGAACGUAACGCCCAAAACCUCCUGGGCCAUCGAUCCUUUUGGCCAUAGUUCAACGAUGCCAUACAUUCUUAAGAGCGCUGGAAUUGAGGAUAUACUUAUACAAAGGACGCAUUACUCUAUAAAGAAACGCUUGGCACUUGAGAAGCAACUAGAGUUUAGAUGGAGACAAGUUUGGGAUGAUUCCGGACAAACUGAUGUUUUUACUCAUAUGAUGCCUUUUUACUCGUACGAUAUUCCGCAUACUUGUGGUCCUGAUCCCAAAAUUUGUUGUCAGUUUGACUUUAAGCGUCUCCCCGGCUUUGGAUUAACAUGUCCAUGGAGAAUUGCUCCUCAAGUCAUUACAGAUACAAAUGUUGCAAAGAGAGCUGAGCUAAUCCUUGAUCAAUGGCGAAAGAAGUCUACACUAUACAAAACUCGCUCCGUUUUGAUUCCGUUGGGAGAUGAUUUUCGGUUCACACAAAGUACAGAAUGGGAGUCGCAACGGAAAAACUAUGAGAAACUCUUCGAUUAUAUGAACAACGAGCCUAGCUUAUUUGUAGAAGCUAAAUUCGCUACCCUUCAGGAAUACUUCGAGUCAGUUCAUCGGGACAAACAGUUAACAGAGUUCCCGUCUUUGAGCGGUGACUUUUUCACAUAUGCGGAUCGUGACGAUCACUAUUGGAGUGGAUAUUAUACCUCCCGGCCGUAUCACAAGCGAAUGGAUCGUAUUCUUCUACACUACAUACGAUCAGCAGAAAUGAUGUAUUCGUGGAAUAAAUGGGAUGACAAUUUGGGAUUUGAGGACUUACUAGCAAAUGCUACACGAGCAUUGUCACUGUUUCAACAUCACGACGGCAUUACUGGCACAGCGAAAAAUCAUGUAGUUCGUGAUUAUGCGCGAAUGAUGAAUUACGCUGUGAAAUCAUGUAAAUUUAUUAUGCAGCAGGCUGCAUAUAGGCUGUUAACGAAAUCAAGUGCUUAUGAACCGGAUUACAAAUACACUUAUUUCCAUUUGGAUGAAUCACGAUGGCCGGGACCAGACGAUAGCCGAACGACAAUCAUUAUUGCCGAUCAGUUGCCCACAAAGCAUGUUGUUUUCCAUAAUUCAUUACCGCAAUGGCGUGAAGAAUUAGUCGAAUUUUAUGUGUCUACGCCUUAUGUGAAGGUUACGGAUUUCGAAAAUAAAAAAAUUCAAUCACAAGUGAGUCCGGUAUGGUCGUGGCACAAAUCGUAUCAAAGCAAUACCCAUCCCCAAGCUUCCAAUACUAAGUUUGCUUUGCUCUUCAAAGUCAAAGUCCCACCUUUAGGGAUGGCAACUUAUAUUGUUCAUUCUGUAUCACCAAAUGAGCCCAACACCGGUGCUACCUUCGCAAACAUCACCAUUUUAACAACAGAACCAUUUUCGGUAAACAUUGGCGACUAUCCACUCCCGCCCGAAUUCACAACUCCCCGCGAAAUAACACUACGAGUCGGUGAUGGACCAAGCGCAUCCUUCAGUCAAUUUGGAUUACUGAAAUCUAUGUCAGCCGGGGCAAAUGCACAGACUGUCCCAAUGCAUUUGGAGUUCUUAAAAUAUGGUACGAGAAGACAUCCGGCUUCAAGUGGUGCUUAUUUGUUCUUGCCGGACGGACCAGCAGAGCAUAUGAUACUAGGAGCUCCUACAGUGCUAAUUUGUCAAGGUGUACUGGAAUCCAGUAUAACAACCGGACUACCAUUCGCUGUUCAUAAAACAAUUCUGCGUGGCGAGGCUGUGGAGAUUCGAAACAAUGUCGACAUUGGAAAUAUGGGGAACACUGAAAUUGCGAUGAGAAUUUCAACGAACAUUAACAGUCGGAAUGUGUUUUACACUGACUUGAAUGGUUUACAGAUGAUAAAGCGAAACUAUUUCCAAAAGUUACCACUACAAGCCAAUUACUACCCAAUUUCUGCAAGCACGUAUAUCGAAGAUGAAAAUAUCCGAUUCACCAUUCUAAGUGGUCAGCCACUGGGUGGCGCCUCUCUGCAAUCUGGCCAGAUUGAGAUAAUGCAAGAGCGUCGUCUAGAUCAGGACGAUGAACGCGGCUUAGGACAAGGUGUUCUAGAUAAUCAACCAGUUAUCCACAUCUUCCGGUUAUUAUUAGAAAAUUUGGAAGGUUGCAGUAGAAAACAGGCUGAGUAUCCAGGCGGACUACUUACGCUUCAAUCGUAUCGGGAGUUACAAACUCUACUGCAUCCCAUCGAUAAAUUUGUAUGGAACGAUAACGAUUGGUCGGGGGUAAAAGGGUCAUUCGGUGACGAACAUGAACCUCUCGACGUAGACUUUGAAGUAGGAAUAGUACGAAGUUUGCCACUGAAAUAUGGUGAUAAGGGAGAUAUGCAAGGACAUCUGGGAUUAGUUGUACAUAGAACAAAUCUAGAAGAAUGUGCGGAUAGUGGAAGCCGAGUGGGACGGGCAAAUAUCAAAAGACUGCUGAAUUUAAAUGAUGACAACAACAUAUUCUCAUCUAAGCUGACGUUUUUGAGUAAAAAUGGGAAAGUUACCGCCGACGAUAUACACUUCUGUCCCAUGGACGUUAAAUCUUUUAUUGUGGAGAGAAGAUGAUAAACUAGCGAAGGAUGUGAGCUGAUAUCUCAGCAUUUUUAGUUUUGUGAUAAUAUUAUACGUUUUUAGUUCAUUUCAAUUAAAUGAAAAACUUUGGGAAUUUAUUUAAAAUACUUAAAAUUUUAGCUGAAUCGUACUUGUAAGCAAUUAUACUUUAGUGAAUACUUGCGAAAUUCUAUAUUGUUGUCCGUGAAGAAUUUACUUUAAAACUAGAAUUAAUGAUUUGCUCGUCGUCCAAUUGAAUUUUAUCGGGAAAUAUGAUUAUUUGUCUAUGUAGGGCACAAUUUGACGUUCGUUUAUUUCCUUUCUGUUGUUUUUUUGCAGUACAGCAUUGGGAAAUGAUUCAGACAUUAGACAAGAAAUCUAUACUUAAUGACACUUAAUAAAGUAAAUCAUAGUUGCUAGUGUAGUUCUUUUCAAAAAGGAUGUUGUAUUCCCGUGUAGGAUAAGAUAAUGAAUAUAUACGAUAACAUUUUUAUGUUUAUGAUUCUAGUUUUCACACCCGUACUGUACAACAUUUUCAAGUUACAUAAAAGGUGAAAUAAACCCUUUUGAAUCACAA